UAUUACAAAACUUUUUGAAGAAAUUCUCAAAAAAAGGCUUCGAUCUGUCCUCUUUAGAUAAUUUUCAAAUAUUCUCCAAUGUUAUGAAUCAUUUCAGCUAGCAUUCAAUCUUAUAAAUUUAAAUUUUCGAUGCUUUUUAGGCUUCUAUUUUCAAAAUGUCGAGACGAGACUGUAACUUAUUGUUAAAAAUAUUAUUUAUUGUGGCCUUGAGCCUUCAAAUUUCAAUAGUGAGAAGUAAAAGAGAUUUGAAGGAGCAAUGCAAGACGUGUAAAGAUAUCGUGGAUGCAUUCUACAAGGGAAUGGAGAAAACUAUCAAGGCAAACUUUGGUGGUGGAAACACAGCCUGGGAAGAAAGAGCAUUAGGAAGCUAUGCUAAAAGUGAAGAGAAAGACCUAAAAACAUGGUUUUGUAUAAAUAGUAUAAAAGUAUGCUGCAAUAAUGGUACUUAUGGACCAGAAUGUAAAGAGUGCCCAAGUGGAAAAGAUAAACCCUGUAAUGGAAAAGGAGAUUGUGAUGGCUCUGGUACUAGAGGUGGUACAGGCAAGUGUGACUGCAACUCUGGCUAUGAUGGCGAUGAGUGUGAUGAAUGUGACGAUGACUACUUUGAGGAAAAAGACGAAGAAAAUAAAUUAAAAUGUACAGCAUGCCACGAGUCYUGCUCCAAAGGCUGCAAUGGGUCUACUCCAAAGGACUGCACUGAAUGUAAAACAGGUUGGGAAAAAUCUGAAGAAGAUGGAUGCAAAGAUGUUGAUGAAUGUAAGGAUGCUGACAAGUGUGGUGAAGGAGAAUACUGUGUAAAUACCCCAGGGUCUUUCGACUGCGAAGCUUGUCAUGAGUCCUGUGAAGGAAACUGUACAAGUUCAGGUGCUAAAGGUUGUAUAGCCUGCAAGACUGGUUACAACAUGACCGAAGAUGAGGGCUGCAAAGACUAUGAUGAGUGUGCUGCCGAUACAUCAAAUUCUCUAUGUGACAGUGGCACGUACUGCAGGAAUACUCCUGGAUCUCAUCAAUGUGCUGCUUGCCAUCAUACUUGUGAGUCUUGUAUUGGCGAAGGAGAUUCAUCGUGUACAAAAUGCAGYGACGGAUACAAAAUGGAGGACAAUAAAUGCAAAGAUAUUGAUGAAUGUGCAGCAGAAAAUAGCCCAUGUACCAAAGAAAACGAAGUUUGCGAAAAUAGCGACGGAUCCUUCACAUGCGAGUGUCAAGACGGCUACAGACGGAAAGGCGACAAAUGCGUGAAAGAUGCUGAUAGCAAUGAGAACGAAGAGGAAGAGGACGAGGAAGAAGGGGACGAAGAAAGCGGCAGCAGCGCGAGCGGCGAAGAAGAAUCAGAAAAGGAUGAAGCAAGCCCGCCUGAGGACGCGGCGCCAAAAAACAGUGAACAAGAAUCGCAUGAACACGAAGAAUUAUAAUAUAAAUUCAUCUUAGAAGAAACAUUUGUAAAAAGGGAACUUAUUUCCAUACAGUAAACUGAUUUAUACAAUAAAAACGUUUUAUUUCGUUUCUCAA